AUGGAAGCACUGCUCUCUCUCGCCUUUGACAACCUGUCGUCCUACGAUGGACCCAAGAUCAAGAAGGGCCUGAAGCAGGUCGAGGGUCUCUUAGCACCCAUUUGUCUGUCCGCAUCGCGGUCCAAGAAGAGGCCGACCACCGAGGAGGAGCAGCAGCAGCAGCAACAGCAGCGACCACCCUACAAGACACUCGACGACCUCAACGACGACCCAGCCUUCUUCGAGUUCUUCAAGCUGCAGGAGGGCUUCGAGUGGAACAUCGCCCAGCGGCUGCUGGACACGCUGGAUCGACUGCUCUCGCGCGGCAGCGAUGGUCAGAACGACAUGCUGAUCCUCAACACCUUGGAUCUGACUCAAGGCAUGCUUCUUCUGCACCCACCUAGCAAAGUGCUCUUCUCGCGGGAAAAGUACAUGAAUCUCCUCCUCGAUCUCCUCGAACCGGUCAACUGUCCGGCCAUCCAAUCGGCCACGCUCCUCACGCUCGUCGUCGCCCUCAUCGACACGCCCCAGAACACCCGCGCCUUUGAGGCCCUCGACGGCCUGCUGACCGUCACAUCCAUCUUCAAGUCCCGGUCGACGUCGCGCGAGGUCAAGCUCAAGCUCGUCGAGUUUCUCUACUUUUACCUCAUGCCUGAGACGCCCUCGAUUCCCUUGGCCAAUCCGCGCGACUCUGUUCCUGCACGCAAGCGACGCGGAAGUGCCGACGACGACUUUACGCGCACGACCGAAGAGAAGCAGGCUCUUCUGGGACGUCACUUGCACAACGUCGACGACCUGGUCCGCGACCUCACAGCACAUACGCCGUUUGGAGGUGCCGUGUGCUAA